UCAAACUUCAUUUUGUUCCAAAUCCUGCAAUAUGAUUGGCCAAUGUUAAAGGCCCACUGUGAAAUCUGAAAUGAUACGACAUUGACACACAUUGAUUCAUACUUUCUGGUCGACAGUCAACUCACAUUGUUUUUUAUACAGUGUUUAAGGAAGCAAUUUAACUAUUUAUACAAUAUAAAUGUUAGCCAAUGGAUGACGCUGUCAUCUGUGGACAACUCAGGCAAAUUUUUCCGCAAAUAGAGCUUAAUGUUAUUCAAAGAACCGUCGAAGAAGCGAAGACAAACGAAGGAGUCGACAUUUUGACACAUUGCAUUGAGGUUGUUCUCGCUCGUCAAGAAGAAGCAAGGUGGUUUGGGAACAACAAUAAUGGGCAACAAGGAAACGACGAUGUUGUUGUUGUUAAAUCCAUUAGGAAGGAAACUUCAAGGAAAGGAAAAACGAGAGAUAUUCCUGUAGUUUUAGUCAGAGAAGAUGGGCCUGGUCAAUUGAUUCGCCCCCAACGAGAAACACCUCAGCCGUUCUCAGAUAUCGACUCGGACAAUUAUCCUGGAUUCGAAAGUAGUGACGACGAAACUGAUGAUCCAAUAAGAUACAUGAAUAAAUUCAAUUACAAUGGGGACAGUAGUCCAAUAGGAGAUCAAUUCUCUGAUGACAAUUUUGAUAGGUUAAUCACAGACUUGUCGUCCCCACCUUUAGCUAUUGUCCCUCAACAAAUGACAGCACCAGCUAGUCCAUUGAGAUCUACAGUGAUAAAACAUUUGACUUUUGACGAACAACAACACCAGCAACCAUCAACCACCCCUAAUCGGCAACCUUUGGCAACACCCGGUCAACAACCUUCAGAAACUCCCAUCAGGCAACUUCCAGCAACACCCGUCAUGCAACUUUCAGCAACACCUAUCAUGCAACCUUCUGCAACACCCAUUUGGCAACCUUUAGCAAUGCCAAUAGAAAAACCAUUAGUAACUCCCAAUCAACAAAGUAUGCCAAUGGGAUGCUCACUACUUGAUUUCAUUAAACAAAUGUUCCCGAAAGUAAACAGACAGUUUGUUCAAAAUCUAUCCCAACAGGGUCAUGAUCUAAACAGUAUUGUAAACAUACUUAUUGAUCGACCUGACAUGCAAAAGUCUGACUCAAGUUCGAAUCCACCAUCUCCUAAAGAACCAGCACAAACCAAAGAGAUUGAUUACUUCACAGACUUUUCUCAAAAAGUAUCACCUUUGUACCAUCGCCCAUGUGAAUAUCUGCUACGGAAUGAGUUUCAACGAGUUUCAGUAGUCGACAUCAGAAAAGCAAUGCAAAUAUGCAAUGACCACUAUGCCCCGGCCCGGAAAUUACUUGAAGAAGCACUUGUGGAGAUGAACCAGAAUCGAAGAGGUAAAUCACCACAGGCAAGUACAUUGCCAAAAGGCAGUGCAGUGCCACAGAGCAGUACAUCACUACAGAGCAGCAGCUUGCCAACCACCUCUAAUUUAACACGGAAAAAUAAAUUUACCAUAACCCGGUUAUUGGCAAGCAAACGAACACCAGUGAAACUUUUUGACAAAAUCCAUCCUGAAUUGCAGCUAGAAAUAGAUUUUGUCAAAAAACGGAAAAUGUUAAAUGAAGAGAAGAAGAAUGCCAUCUAUGCUGCACAUGUUAAUAAGCAACAGUACAUAGAUGAAGGAGAACUAAUUGAAUGUGGUUGUUGUUUUGGAGAAUUUCCAUUUGAGGAAAUCAUUCAGUGUAGUGAUGGCCAUCUUUUUUGUAAAGAGUGUCUCCAUGGUUAUGCAAAGGAGAUCAUAUUUGGUUCAGCUAUGACAUCUGUGAAGUUAAUUUGCAUGGGAGAGAGUUGUGAUCAACCAUUUCCAUACAAUCAAUUGGAAAAGUGUCUGACAAAGAAUGAAAUUGAAAAAUACCAAGGCAGACUUCAAGAGGAUUGUUUAGCCAAAGCUGAUAUUCCAAAUCUCCACCAAUGCCCAUUUUGUGAGUUUGUUGCCAUUAUACCAGAAACAGAGAAGGUGUUCACCUGCAUGAAUCCAAAAUGCAUGAAGGAAACAUGUAUAGAAUGUAAUGAAGAAUGGAAGGAUCAUUUUGGGAAAAAAUGUAAUGAGAUUGAAAAGAAAUCUCAAACGAACCUAAGACUGAGUUACGAAGAAAGAAUGACCGUGGCAAAAGUGCGGAAAUGUGCAAAGUGCUCAUUGACUUUCACAAAGCAAGACGGUUGUAACAAGAUGACAUGUAGAUGUGGUACUACUCAAUGUUAUGUUUGUCGUAAAUCAUCAAUCAAUUAUAAUCAUUUUUGCCGACAUCCUCGAGAUCCUGGUAAGAAGUGCCAAAAAUGUACAGCAUGUUCUCUGUGGACAGAUCCAACUGAGGAUGAUGACUUAGCAAUCAAGCAGCUUCAGGAAGAAUCAGUAGUGGCCAAGAGGAAGCUUAUGGAAGAGAUUGAACAGUCUGCCAGUAAGAAACAAAAAGUUUAAGCAUACGUUGUGUUUAUUUUAGAAAUACUGUUUGCCAAAGAAAUUCUUGAAGUUGCAUAAUAUUACAGUAUCUCUUGUCAGGAUAAAUUAAGAUGCAUGUGCAUUUAAGUUUAUACUAAGUCAAAAGUUCUUGACCAAAUUUUUUUACAUAGCCACAAAUUCUUUUGCACUUGGUUUUCUCACAACCUGGCCAAGUGAAUACACCCUGUCAAUAAUUACGUCAUUUGGCCUUGGAGCCUCGCUCUCAUGAAUCGUAAGACAAUCACAUUGCAUAAUUUACUAAUGAGAGCGAGGCUCCAAGACCAAAAAAUAUGACGUAAUUAUUGAAAGGGUGUAUUGCACAUGCACCUUUAGACAGAAUCUGCUUUUUAAUAGUGGAGUAAUACUAUUUUUUCCAUAAGUAUUCCAAGAUAUCUAUAAAAUGGUUACAAAAGUAGAAUAUUUAAUUCAUAUUUGGAGUUAGUCUUCAACAUGAAACAGAUGAACUAAAGAAUUCAAUAUAUUUAUAUAGAGACAAAGAUUGACAAUAGACAAUCUAUAUAAAUUGCAAAUAAUGUAAUUUUUGUUGGGGAAUUGUUUUGUUAGAAAUAAGAAUUUUUUCUUCAGAAAUAUAUAAAUUAUUCUGGAUUAUGUGGUGUGGUGAUAAUCCAUAAAGUUAAUUGUUCUGAUUGUAGCUGGUUAAUCCAAUCUUGGUUUUAUAGAUUCGAUUAGCCACAAAUCUCACAAUUAUUUGCAUGGGUUUGAUUACCUCACAGGCGUUUGUUGUGGGUGAUUUCAAUAAACUUGGCA